GCCGAUACCACCCACGUGCAUCGCCAACUGCGCUGGAAGGACGACGCUAGCGGUGUCCACACAGCGUCAAUUGACUUUUGUGACAUACUGUACUGGCAUUUGCGUGUCUUUUCUGCUUCGGCUCGCGUGAGGGCGACAUCAGGCUGUGAGAGUUAUGCCGGUGCCGGUGUAAUGUUGAUCGCCUUGACAAGAUGGCCAAUGGAGUUGCUUGCAAUACAAAGAAUAAAAAUGUAGCUUUUGCUUUUUUUUUAAUCUUUUACUUCUCUAACAUUACCUUUGUACUGGAACCGCAUACACAUCCACAAACAUGGUAGUUGAGCUUCCGUCGACGUUUACACCAGAGGCCGUGACCGACUACGUCCUCGCCGUCCUCGAGGAAUCCGGCAACAACCCUUACAUUGGCGAGCCCAUCUCUCAGCUCCAGCACUCUCUACAAUGUGCAGCCCAAGCAGCGUCUGCCUCGCCCGCAGUUGACGAGGAGACACAGCUUGCGGCGCUACUGCAUGACCUGGGCCAAUUUGUGCCGGCACGCGAUCUCAAUCGCUUGAUUGGCGAGCGCGCCGAGAUUCUUGGCGGCAUCGAUGCCAGUGAAAGUGUCGGACGCACCGGCCACGAUACACAGGGCGGCAAGUUUCUACGCGCGCUAGGCUUCUCGCCCAAGGUUGCCCGCCUCGUCGCCUCCCAUGUCGAGGCUAAGCGCUACCUGUGCGCCGUGGACGCAACGUACCACGACAAGCUCUCUGAUGCUAGCAAAAAGAGCCUAAAGUAUCAAGGAGGGCCGAUGGCUGGCGAGCAGCUGCGUGAGUUUGGCGCGAACCCGUGGUGCGGCGACAUGUGCAGACUGCGAGUGUGGGAUGAUGAGGCCAAGGUGGAAGGGCUGGAGGUGAGAGGGCUGGAUACAUGGAAAGAUAUGAUGCAAAGACAUCUUCAAAAUCAGGUAGCCGUUUAAAUCAAGUACUAUUCGCUAUUAAAUAGUGUGGUGACAUGGUUGUUGGACAUGGUGUAUAGGCUGUGUUCAUGGGUUUAAAGAAGAUACGGUUGAUUGCACUUCGAGGGUGUUGGCCCCCUUCAAAUUAGGUAGAAAAAUGAUCAAACUGUGCCUCGAAAGCGCGACUUAUGGGUGGAAAAAU